AUGCUGCCUCCAGUUGAAGAGGCCGUGCUGCAGAACAACCCCGAGUUUGCAGCCCUGUACAGCACUCUUACCACCGCGAUACUGAAUCCUGACGGCACGACAAAGGAUGACAAGAGUCACGUCGCAAAGGAAAGGGGUGCCGUUCGCGAGGAACUUGACACUCAUCGCCUGGUGUCCGCCAAACACCAUCUGCUAGCCCAGACCGUCUCCUCCGCCGUGGCCCCUGAGCCUGCCCGGUCAACUGCAAAGUCCGCGACCAAGGCGGUGCCGCGGCCAUCGGAACUACCAGAGCCUCUUUUGGACCUGUUGCUGCUCCUCCCCCCGCUGCUCACGUGUCCGGAGGAGCCCGCAGCCGAGACCCUUCAACUGUUGCUGGCCAAUCCCCCCCUUUCCUCCCUGGAUGAGCUUGUGCCGGACCUUGCAAGUCUCGUCUCCUCCAACCUCCAGUCUUCGGCUGUCCAGAUCUCCCGGGCAGCUUUCCCGGCCACGAAUCCCUCCUUCAUCCAUCGGCAAGUCCCGUCGCUUGCGCGUCGCAUUGCCGAGCUGUCUUCAGACCUCCAACGGCAGUCCGACUCGUUGGCCGACGCCCGCCUGUCUGCGACUGGUGCCGUCAAUCAGCUGCUCCAGAAGCAGACAGAGAUUCUGGUGCUGCUGAUCCGCUCGCUCGAGGCCAAACACGGCGGCAUUGCGCGCUCCCUCGAGCACCGAGCCGCCGAUGUCUCCCUCGAGGCUCAGCUCGGCCAGGCCAACGCGGAGACUGCCUUGUGGAACGUCAGAAAGAAUGUCUACAGCCCUGAGGUCCGCGAGGCUCUCGAGAAUUAUUCGGUUCACUUGCGAGACGGCCAGUUGAGGCUCCGGGAAGCGAUGAGGACUGCCCAGGUUGAGCUUCAAGACUACGGCGUUGCUGUCGAUGGCCGUGCCGGCGAUCCAAGGAGGGAGCGCGCCCUGAGGGAGGCCGCGAGAGUCCAUAGAGAAACGCGGAGGCAGAUAGAGGAUGCGCAGAAUGAUCUGAGCCGCUUGCGUUAA